AUGACCCGGCUCUGCUUACCCAGGCCCAAGGCCCUUGCAGAUCCAAUGCCAGUUCCCCCCAGGGGCCUGGGUGCUGGGGAGGGGUUGGGUAGUCCAGUGCAUCCAUGUGUGUCCCCCUGUGACUCUAGCCGGGCCCAGCUCCUGGACAGUGUCCUAGGGCUGGGGGCACUCGGGCUGACGGUUCGGGCAGUCUUUUCCAUGGCUGGUCCAGCCUUGCUGCUGCUGCUGCUACUGGUCAGCUUCCUCGCCUUUGACGUGCUCCAUAGGCCCGCAGGUCCCACCGUGCCACAGCAUAGACUUCUCACAAGGGGCCAGAGUCAGGGGGCCGGCGAGGGUCCAGGACAGCAGGAGGCUGUUCUACCAGCAGGGACAGUCACUGGACAACUCAGCCUCCAGGAUGCGCUGCUACUGCUGCUCAUGGGACUGGGGCUGCUCCUGGGAGCCCGCGGCAUGCCCGCAGCCCUGCUUGGUCUGGCUUUCUGCCUGCAUCCUUGGGCCUGAGUGCCCCUCCAAAACCACUGUGUGUCCUCCAAAAAUAC